GCUAUGACAGUAAUCCCCCGCUGCCAUAGUGACAGAGAGCGAGAGAAGCGAGGAGAUAAACGAAAAUAGAUUUUAGUAUUUAUCUGUUCAUUUAACCACAGAAAUAAUGGACAGUUCCGGGAAAGAAAAGGAGGCAAUUCAGCUUAUGGCUGAAGCCGAUAAGAAAGUGAAGUCUUCCGGCUCGUUUUUAGGAGGAAUGUUUGGAGGAAAUCACAAAGUGGAAGAGGCAUGUGAGAUGUACGCCAGAGCAGCCAACAUGUUCAAAAUGGCCAAAAACUGGAGUGCUGCAGGCAGUGCUUUCUGUCAGGCGGCCAGACUUCACAUGCAGCUUCAGAAUAAACACGAUUCGGCCACCAGCUACGUCGAUGCGGGAAACGCCUACAAGAAGGCAGAUCCACAAGAGGCUAUCAAGUGCUUAAACGCAGCCAUUGAUAUUUACACAGACAUGGGAAGAUUCACUAUCGCAGCCAAGCAUCAUAUCACAAUUGCCGAGGUGUACGAGUCAGAGCUGGUGGACAUUGAGAAGGCGAUUGCACAUUAUGAACAAGCUGCUGACUAUUACAAAGGAGAAGAAUCAAACAGCUCUGCAAACAAGUGUCUGCUGAAGGUGGCUUCAUACAGCGCUCAGUUAGAGCAGUACCAGAAAGCAAUAGAGAUUUAUGAGCAGGUUGGAACCAACACCAUGGACAAUCCCCUACUGAAAUACAGCGCCAAAGAAUACUUCUUCAAAGCUUCCUUGUGUCACUUCAUCGUGGACGAGCUAAACGCAAAGCUCGCUGUUGGAAAGUAUGAAGAGAUGUUUCCAGCCUUCUCAGAUUCAAGAGAAUGCAAGCUUCUGAAGAAACUUCUAGAAGCCCAUGAGGAGCAAAACGCAGAGGCUUUCACAGAAGCGGUGAAGGAGUUUGACUCCAUCUCACGCUUGGACCAGUGGCUCACCACCAUGCUUCUGCGGAUCAAGAAGACCAUCCAGGGGGACGAGGGUGACCUAAAAUGAUCGGGACAGUGGGGCGAUCACCCACUGCAUGGCACCCUCUUUCCCACCUUCCAUUUCACAUCAGUUCUGUGCAAUGGCCAAGUCCAGGUUUCCCAAAACAGUAUGUCAAAAUGUAUUGCUGCAACAUUUCUAGAGAAUAUACUUAUAAGCCUGUACUGUUACAUUGAUAUCCAGUUAUAUAAUAUAGCACAUAUCAAAAAUUUAGCACUCCAGUUCACAGAUCUCCUCCGGUUUCCCUGUUGCAUUACGAGGGUAUUUCUGGAAACACGGAGUGAACCGGUUCAGGAGAGGGAAAUUCAAGUAUACAGUGGGGGUUUGAGAUAGUCCUCAAGUUCUUUUGCAACAGUCACUGAAUUGCAACGUGCUAGAGCUGCAUGAAUUGUACAGAUAUAAUUAUUCAGUCAGUGCAGCAGAAUUGUGUAUUAUUAUUAUUAUUAUUAUUAUUAUUAUUAUUAUUAUUAUUAUUUAGACAUUGUUUUUAUUUGUGCAAUUUUUUAGUCUUGUCACACUAGUUGGCAUGCAGGCCUCAAAAUGCUUUUGUCCACAUUUAUUAAACAUCAGACAUUUGAAUUUCAGUUUUCCCACAGUCUGCCAUUUUGAAUUGGUAUUUUAAAUUAUUACAAAAAUGUUUUUUCUUAUGUAUAUUUGUUUAAUUAAAUUAUUAUUUUAACUAUCAAUAUUACUCAGAAAAUAUUAUUAGUCUAAUAAUAUUAUAGUUAGGCAGAAUUAUAUAUAUUAUUAGUCUAAUAAUAUUGUAUUAGUCAAAAAAAUCAUUUAACUAUAUAUUUUUACACUGUCUAUCAUUUCCAUCAGCACUGAAAUUAAUGCGUUUGUAAAACCCUUGUAGAACCUUUAUUAACAUGCUCUCUGUGUGUCGUGUUGUGAAUGUAUAGCUCAUGUACACUCUCCACUUCUGUGGUCUUUAGCAGCGCAUGUCAUUCUGUUUUACGUGUCGUGACGUCCGUAUUUUACCAUAUUCUAGAGUUUUUAAGAAGCCAUGAAGACACAGAGUACCAAACAAUGUACUUUCCCACAGAGCAACUGAUGUCUUUGCUGAAUGUCUGUGAGAAUGUACAGAAAUAAAAACUAAUACUGAAAUGGCUACAUGA